AAUUCACACGUGCCCAGAACAAGCUCCACGCUGUGGGCCUAGACUCUGCUCCGAAUUCUGUCGUCCAACAGCCGUUGUCCAUGCUUGCCAGUGCUUCCUCCAGUAACAAAAUGACAUGAGGACCUCGCUGCUGACCGUGGGAGAGGAAUGUAGGCUCCUAAGAAUGCGCCUUGCAUGCAGCUUCCACCCUAACAUCCAUGUCUUCUGAUCGUGCUGCCCAGGACCAUGAGAACGACAGCCAUUCAUUGGUGUCCGACGCCUCUGAGGGCGAAGCUCAUUCGAAGACUCCUCAUAUCUCCCAUGAUCAUGUUCCAGAGGUCGAGAAUUUGACAUCUUAUUCCCGCCGUCGACGGCGCAAGUCGAGGCGCAGGACAAUGGGCAUGGAGCGUCCUGAGUAUAUUGUCAGAGGGAAUGAUCCAUUCGACUACGAACAGAAAUUCCCAGAGGAUAAGCAGUACGAGGAGCUUGGGCCAACUGCCAGGGUGUGGAGAACAUACCUCGAAGAAUGUGCUCCAUUUGAUAGCGAGAUGGUAGAAGGGUGGAGAGAUGGGCUAGAUGUUCUACUCGUCUUUGCUGGUCUUUUCUCAGCAGUUGUUACAACAUUUGUCGCUCAGACAUCACAGAGCCUCCAAGUUGACUACGGCGAGGUCACUGCCUCACUUUUGAUCGAGCUUAUCAAUGUCCAACGCUCCGCAUCGAAUGGUUCUCUCGUAAAUGACGUCCCUCGUUCAGACCUCGCUUUUCGUCCCACAACAUCGGACUUAUGGGUCAAUGGCUUGUGGUUCACGAGCCUCUCGCUGAGUCUCACUACUGCCCUAUUCGCUGUAUUGACAAAACAGUGGAUCCACCAGUACAUGUCUGUGCCAUCGGGAACACCACGCGACAGAUGCCGUGUACGUCAAUUCCGGUACAUGGGUCUGGAGCAAUGGGGUGUAGCCUUCAUUAUUGGACUCCUUCCUGUCCUGAUGAGCGCAUCGCUUGCUGUGUUUCUUGUGGGAUUGAUUGUUUUUAUCGUCCCCUUGCGCGUGCCGAUUGCAAGCGUUGUUGGAGCAAUCACCUUCAUAUCAUUCCUCGCCUAUAUCGUCACCAACUUCCUUCCGAUCUUAUACCCCUCGUGUCCUUACAAAACUCCGCUGUCGCAAUAUAUAUUCCCUCUCUACAGCUAUAUCCUACACAAUGGUCUUUUCAGUUCAAGGCUGAUCUCUUCGGUUUCCAAUCUUUGGACACAGCCAUCCCGUAUAUCACCCUCUGGAGCCUCUGCCGUUCGCACGCUAAGGGAUGCUGAGCGUGUGGCUGUCGAGCGUGGAGAACAUUGUAGUAGAAUCAACUAGCGCUUUGCCACUCAAGUCUGUGAAAUCUCUCGAGCGUCGUGUAGCACGUAUCUCGGUUGUAUGUUCUACAUUUCUUGAAACCCUUGUCUCAGGCCAAGACGUGUCUGUGCUCGAAAAAUACCACGACCUGCCAAGGGAUGCUUCUCUCCUGGCAUUUACGUCGG